AUGGCGCCGACGCCCGACUCCGCGAUAUAUGGCAACAAAAGCUCCAUAGAUCAAUCCCCAAGCGUUGUGUCGCCUUUCAACCAGAUUUCGUCUCAAUACGACAUGCGUGAGCCCAAAAGGCAACAUAUGUCUCCUGACAGAGCUUACAUCGAAAGCCACCACCGUUUCAACAGCUUUGCGUCCACGUCACCCUACAUCGUUCCAUCUGUCAACCACAAUGGUUCGAAUGAGCGCACCACCUCGCAGCCACCGCAGGGACUGUCCCAGGACGUCGAUAAGCCUGUAAUGAACGAGCUCCAGAUGCUUAAGGAGAAGAUUAGGCAGAUUGAGGCGUCGAUCGCCGUGGCAGACCUGUCCCAACCAAGGAUACACAAUCCUCCGCAUCUUCCGCCGCUAUCGUCGCAGGUACCAUCUCAGGCACCUACGCCGAUCGCCGCACCAGUGCCCUAUAGAACCCAGCUGCCGCCGAUCCAGUCUUGGAACAGCAACAAGACAUACAAUCUGCCCCCCCUCAAGUCUUCGCCGCCUGUGCCGCAGCAGGAAGGCAGCGCCGCGAACUCGGUGGUGCCACCAGACUCAGGCAUGGACCCGACAGACGCCUUCAACUUCUACAACCAUUAUGUGCCUGUUCAUCUUCUGCACGCGCGGACCAGCAACCACGGGCCGCUGAUGUGGGUGACCAUGAUCAAAAAAGACCAGUUUCUGCGUCCACUGUGGUUCAAGAUAGCGGAAUAUAGGAAGAAAAAUAAGCUGCCAGCGGUUUUGCAGGCUCAGCUGUCCGGGAACGUGGGCCCCGAGGAAAACGAGUUCAGACAGAAAAUCUACGAGACGGAAGGAGUGGUAGAUCUGCUCCCAUACAAAUCUGACAAAAAGGAGAAGGUCACGCAUCUCACUGUUGAGCAGAUGCGAGACAAUAUACGCAAAGACGUGGCGCUGAACCUUUACAUGAACAAGGACCCCGACUCCCGCACGAUAUCGCAGAUUUUGAAAUCGCUUCCCAACAGGAAAGUGCUCUGGCUUUUAGUGGACAGGUUUUUCAAGUUUGUUUAUCCUUUCCUCCCGAUCGUGGACGAAAAAAUGUUUGUUACCGACAUCGAGGCGAUCAUUGGGCCGCGGGAGUACGAAGAAACAGAAAUCAAGACGCUGAAGAUCGACCGCAGACUGAAUUUCGCUGUUAUUGGCUCGCUUCUUAUCAUUUUGCGUAUGGCCCACCUAUCUCUCCACUCAAAUUUUGAAGAAGUUAAGGGAUUUCCAGAGCGAUCCGAGCAGGAGAAGUACUUGCUGAAGCAUCCGAUUGAUAUGGAAAUCAUCACCGUCGCUCAACUAUGUCUCAACCAGUUUAAACUGCUAAAACGCUGUGCUCUUAGCGUUUUCCAGUGCGCGCUUUUGAUGAAAGAAUACCGCUUUAUUGCUCCCGAGGAUGGAACCGAUGGAUUUGGAGACGGCGAAGGCCAAAUAUUUGCCGGUAUGCUGACUCAGAUGGCGAUUUCUAUUGGUCUGAACCGAGACCCGGACCAGUUCUCCAUGGUAUGCGAGUCCAAGAAUCUCAACAACCUCUGGAGGAAAAUCUGGUUCAGAUUGAGGGACUCGGAUGUGUACCACGCGUCUCAGAUGGGAAACCCACUCACAAUACGUGCUGACCAGUUUGAUACUAAGUUGCCAGUGUUCGACUCAGAGCUGUCGAACACCUCAGACUUGGCCCUCGAACAGGUGGUGAUUGACUGUUUGAACGAGCGUUGCGAUCUACAAAACCUGAUUUCCGAUCUCACCAGCAAAGUUCUUGACAUUACUCAGAAAUCGACCGUGGAGACGAUCCUGCUCAAAAUAGAGGCCAUCGAAAGCUUCAUCAAACGCCGUUUUGGCUCUGUCAAAGAUAUUCUCACUCUCGAUAAGGGGAACCACUUGGAAAGCAUCAGGAAAGUGUACCGAAUCAUAGGCUAUUUGGAGGCCCGGUCGCUGGUGCAUCCGGUGUUGUACCAUAUUUUCCUGUUUUAUAGCUGCAGAGCAAAUUUGCGGGCAUGUUCUUACCUGAUGAGAGUCACGCUGCAGAAAGUGGUUGAGGUCAAUUCGCUUUUCAUGCAGCUUCUCAAACGCAACUUCUCAUUUUUCGGACUGGGCUUCGAUCUCAUACUUACUCCCAUUUUAGAGUCUUCGAUGCACAAAGCACUACAGUUCCAGUUCACGCUAUUUAUUCGCGCGCGUCACCACAAACACCAGCUUCUUGCACGUUCGACGCAGCCCGACCGCAAGCUGAUUGCCGCCAUCACCAAGUUCACGGACGAUACCAUACUGCCGAAUAUUAGAAUAUACCUGCGUGGCCUGACCCUGAUCUCAAAAAAAUACUUCUACGCUUGGAGAAUGAGCAAAGCACAAAACAUCGUUCUCAAGCUGAUGGAGGAAUCAGAUAGCUUCUUCGAUGACAAAGAGUUAUUUGGCAACGCAGCAGAUAUUUUCGAUGGGUACACUGUGGCCGAUUUUGAGCUGUUGGCGGAGAUAGGCAACAUGAAGCGAUAUGUCGUGCAUCCUGCUACCAGAGAUUGCUCAAUGAAUCGGGACAUUCCAGACGACGUUGCCAGCAGCAGCUCUGAGUUCCUCGAUCAUACGCCAGACAAUCACGAAGUUGACAACUUUUGGCUGGAGCUCAUUUUCCGGUUUAAUUCUAAUAUGGCCUCGAAAAGCGUUCCUACAUCCGAGUCUAUGCCCGAGAGCGCAUGGACAGGGUCGUUCGAGGGUCUGACGCCUGGCGGCUCUCUCGAAGAUACGACGACUUGGGGAGGAUUUCCACAAGCAGAAUGUGCUAUCGAGAUCGACCAACUUUUUAACGACGCUCCCAUGUUCGACAACGUGGAUUUCCUCAACAGCGAUUUGCUCCAAGAAAAAUAA